AUGGGCACAAGACAAAGCUCACAAGUUUUCCUUCGUAAGCAUAUUGAUGAAAUGUUGAGAUUUGAAUAUCUUGAUGUUACUGAUCCAAGUAUUCUCUGGAAUCUUCUGAAAGAAAGAUUUGAUCAUCAAAAGGAAGUUAUACUUCCAAAUGAUAGAGAUGAAUGGAGAACACUAAGGUUUCAAGACUUUAAGAAAGUAAAUGAAUACAACUCAGCUUUGUUCAGAAUAUGUUCACAACUCAAGUAUUGUGGACAAGAGGUUACUGAUGAAGAUAUGUUGGAGAAAACUUACUCAACAUUUCAUGCAACAAACAUUACCUUGAUGCAACAAUAUCGGAUGCAAAAGUUCACAAGAUAUUCUAAAUUGAAUGCAUGUCUGCUCGUUGCAGAGCAAAACAAUGAACUCUUUAUGAAAAACCAUGAAUCUCGUCCAAGAUCAGUAGCACUUCCUGAAGCAAAUGCUACAAAUAUUGAUGGUCAUCAAAACAAUACACGUGGACGAGGGAGAGGUCGUGGUCGAGGAUGA